ACAAAGCAGAUGUGGGCUGAAAUGCUUCAGUGGAGGAAGGAAUAUGGUGCCGACACAAUUAUUGAGGAUUUUGAUUAUGAAGAGUUACCUGAAGUUCUGAAGUACUAUCCUCAUGGGUAUCAUGGUGUAGACAAGGAGGGUAGGCCAGUUUAUAUUGAAAGAUUGGGGAAAGUUGAGCCAAACAAACUUAUGCAUGUUACAACCAUGGAAAGAUAUGUCAAAUAUCAUGUUAAAGAGUUUGAAAGGAGCUUCCAACUUAAGUUUCCAGCGUGUUCUAUUGCUGCAAAAAGGCAUAUUGAUUCUAGCACAACUAUUCUAGAUGUC